AUGAAGCAUCUUCAAUCGUUACCCAACAAACUCGACCCCGCACGGGGCAGUAGUCUUGCACAUGUCAAAAGUCUACAGCUCGCACGUGACGAAGAAGAAAAAAUUCGUAUGCGGCGCAUCAAAGGGACCAUCGUUCUCGUCGAGCAAUUUUUAGUCGAGCAAGGAUAUAUGAAUAGUCUUCAAGCCCUUCAACAAGAAAGCGGGGUAUCUUUGCAGCAGAACUGUGUUGCCGAUAACAUAGACCUGCUCGCCGUCGUUGCGGAGUUUGAGCAAUUUUACGAGCUUAAAUAUCAACGCAAGCCUAGAUUAUUCCGCCCACAGGCUCAAGGCGGCACCGAGGAUGUCCUUUCAAAGGAAAGGGGCGGCGAAAGGACGUUGGUGCGUAAGCUGGGCGCCCGCUUAAGUCCCUCAUUAGGUGGUGCUAUUGACAAGUCAUCUCCAUCACUAAGCCACAGUCAUAUUUUCAAUAGUUCCAGUUCACGAAAAGUUGAGCCGCUUGAGCCGAUCCCCAUAACUAAUCAUUUAGCAGACGCAGGGGUUAAGAAGCCUUCGAGCAGUCGUAAUGACAUCAGUUCGGCACCACCAGCCUGCGAGCAUGGGGACGCGGGAAAGGGCGACAAACAUGGGGGUGGCAUGAUCGCCUUGAAAGGUCUCAAAAUUCAUCCUCAUACGUUAUUGCCCACAAACGGUCAAAAGCAGGCGGAGGUGGAUGACACCUCCGAGGCAUUUUACGGUCGUGCACUCAAACCCCUGCCUUUCUUUCCAACCAAUGAGCUGACCGACCUGGCGCAGGUCAUUAUGCGGGAUAUACUCGACACCAACCCAGCCGUCCUUUGGUCCGAUAUCGCCGAGCUGGAGAAUGCGAAGCAUCUGCUAAAGGAGGCGGUGGUGAUGCCCGUAAAGUAUCCAGAGCUCUUCGAGGGAAUUAUGCGUCCCUGGAAAGGGAUCUUUCUCUUUGGCCCCCCUGGUACGGGCAAGACGCUGCUCGCGAAGGCCGUCGCGACGGAGUGUCGGACCACUUUUUUCAACAUCUCCGCGAGCACCGUCGUUUCCAAGUGGCGCGGCGACUCCGAAAAGCUGGUUCGCAUGCUCUUUGAACUCGCCGUGCACUACGCGCCAAGCACCAUUUUUAUUGACGAAAUCGACUCCCUUAUCUCAACGCGCUCCUCUGAGGGGGAGCACGAGGGCUCGCGGCGCAUGAAGACGGAGUUGCUGGUGCAGAUGGAUGGCCUGUCGAAGCGGCGUGGCGGUAACAUCGUCUUUGUACUUGCGGCUAGUAACACCCCAUGGGAUCUGGAUUCGGCGAUACUGAGGCGCUUGGAGAAACGCAUUUUGGUCCCGCUUCCGAGUCUGAAGGCGCGUGAGGAGAUGUUUCAUCGUCUUUUACACAAGAACGUUGUGGUAGCGUCUGGGAACACGGGUGCUGCCGUCAAUUCCGCAGAUGAUUUUGAUUGGAGCCGGUGCGCGCAGCUUACUGAGGGCAUGUCCGGCGCGGAUAUUGAUAUCAUCUGCCGAGAAGCCAUGAUGCGGCCGAUUCGAAAGCUGUUGGCAAGGCUAGAAGGUAUGAGCGCGUCGUCGUCUUCAUCCUCGCACGCGUUGGAUACUGCAAAAAUCGAAAGACCCAAGGUAUCGAUAGAAGAUGUCGAGGCGAGUAUUGCCUGCACGUGCAGCAGUGUCAAAUCCGGAGAUUUGCGACGAUAUAAUGAGUGGGCAAAAAAGCAUGGAUCCGACAUGUCAGCCUAA